GUCAAUAUCUGUACCUUAGUCUGCAACUGACACUCGUCUGCCUACCUGACUUCCCUCUGGUCUACCACUGCGUUCAUAGAGGUGAUGAGAGGCAGCUCCCCUCCAAUCAUGUCGAAUUCAAGCAGCACCAAACUAGACAACGCCACCCUGAACCUGUUUCAGGAUGUAAACACCAGCAUCACCAUCUCUGUCAUGUACAUUUUGGUUACUGCCAUUAACCUGGUAGGAAAUGGCCUUUCCAUGUGGCUCCUCCUCUUCCACACGUCUCCUAAGACUCCCUCCAUCAUCUUCAUGAUUAAUCUCACCCUCACCGACUUGGCCCUGGGCACUGCCCUGCCCUUCCAGAUCGCCUACCAGCUCCAAGGAUACCAUUGGAAUCUAGGACCCAACAUGUGCAGUUUCCUUACCCUUGUCUUCUACACCAAUAUGUAUUGUUCCAUCCUGACCAUGAUGGCCAUUGGUAUUGACCGCUACCUUGGCAUCGUCAGGCCCAUGCUGUUCAGAGAGACCAGGGGGAGGAAGUCCAUCGCUGUCAUCAGCUGCCUCCUCAUGUGGGCUAUGGUACUGAGCGUUCUGUACCCGCUGAUGACCACAGACCUGACCUAUAACAUUCCUGAACUGGGGAUUACCACAUGCUUUGACGUGCUUAAGAAAGACAUGCUCCCGUCCCUGUUGGCCUGGGUGGCCUUCCUCUUCAGCAUGGUGUUUGUCCUCUUCCUCUUCCCUUUCUGUGUCACGGUAUUCUGUUAUGUCAGUGUCAUACACAAACUGGCCAGUGAUUCCAGGACAGCCCAGAAAGAGAGAGCGAUACGUCUAGCCUUCAUUGUUCUCCUGGUCUUCACCCUAUGCUUUGCUCCCAACAACAUCCUCCUCUUGACUCACACUGUGAUGAGACUCUUCUAUCAGAAGUCUCUCUACAUGGCCUACAAACUGUCUCUCUGUUUUAGCUGUGUGAAUAGCUGCCUUGAUCCGUUCAUUUACUACUUUGCUUGCAAGGACUUCAGACAAAAGCUGAGACAGAUCAUCAAUCUGCAGAUCUUGAGUAGUGGGGACUCAAAGAUGGAGAAUAGAGAGAGCAUAUACUCUGCACACUGCACUACAGAAGGUCGUGAGACUGAACACAGCAAUUUGGUGCAGCAGCACAGCAGAGUAUAGAAAGAGGGAAUGAGAGAAACAGAAAAACAGGAGAGAAACAGUGAAAAAGAAAGUGAGGGAGAGAGAGAGAUAGAGAGAGUGUCUUAGUGGUUACCCUGUGUCACCCUCUUUCAACAUAUUUUUACUUCAUUUCUUUUCUUUAUGUGUAUUGCAGAAUAAGUGAAUAUUGGCAGGAGCUGAAUCUCUUUUCAAACUUUAUCUUUGUUUUUCCAUUAUUAUUUGUGUUUUUUAGAGAAUAUUUGUUUUUAAAGAACUGUGUAUUUUAUCUGUCACCCAAACGAUUAUCUGGCCAGAUGUAGCAUGUAUGAGUGUAAAUAAAAUAUCAAUAAAGUCUAUAUAUUACAUAAGCCUUCUUUGUCCAAGUAUAGCUGGAUUAAUGUAAUUUUUACAUUGUAUAUGUUAAUGCCUCGGUAAAUAAUAAAUAAGUUCCUCUUUUCAUCAUUUUUCGUUUCUUUUUUUCCAACAAAAGAUAAUCAGAAACGGCUUAUUGCCAUGUAGGUUUGCUUUGUUGUUGUUGUAAUGCAUAACAGUCAAACAUAUACACAAAAUGAAGUAAUCCUAAAUAAUAUA